AUGUACCCCUUAAUAUCGCUCCUCUGCAUCCUCGGCCACUGCCCGCGUCAGACACUCAUCGUCUCUGACCCGGACGCUACCUGCUUCCAAAGCGUCACCCUUCUGCUGCAAGAAGGUGGGGAGGAGAAGGGGGCACUCUGGUGGAGGCUGGAGCCCACAGAUGUUGAAACCAGCUCAGAUGGUGCUGACGAUAGACAUGGGAGUCACGGCCCCACCGCACUCAGCCUCCGGAGCGCCCGGCCUACCGCCCACCGCCCUCCACUCAGCUCUCGCUCCAUGCUCAUCAAGCCACUGCUGCUGGACACCUUGGGCAGAUUCAUUUGGGGACGAGUUGAGGAAAGUGGGCUGGGAGACCGAGACAGCCGUCCGCAGGUGGGCCGCCGGGGCUCGAUCCCGGAGCAGGGGCCUGACCGCCACCGCGGGACUGGGACCCACACGAGGGUCUGCGAGCUGCGUCCUGGAGCUGAGGUUCCCUGCAUCGUCCCCCACGACGCCCCUCGUGCUCCCUGGCGAAUUCGGGGGCUUCGGCGCACGGAAUGGCCGGGGAAAGGGACGCCGCCCGCCAACCCAGAGUUCUCGCCCCCUGCGCCGCGCACCACGAGGGCUGACUCGCGCCCUGCUCACCAGCGGCGGCCCAGCAGCUCAGCCACCUUUGCCAAGGGCCUCCUCUGGGCCGAGCUGAGCCGGGCGCACGAAGCAGGCGCAGUCGAGGACGACACGGAGCUCACUCUCGCCGGAAAGGCAGGCUCUCUCCACCGGGAAGCGCGCUCCCGCAGACGCAGUGGGACAGCCUGCUUUUUCUUUGAAUAA